AUGAUACGGCCAACAAGGACACUACUACUUUACCACGUCAAGCGCUAUAGCAGUGGCGGCAACAGCAUCGGAAGUAACAUAAACAAUAGUGGCAACGCAAUAUUAAGUGGUGCCAUAACUGAUAAAUCACAAUUACGACAAUUGAUGCAAGAUAAAACAUGGUCGAUCAAACAACUACUUAAAGAUCGAACUAUCAAGGUACAUCACAGUCAUAGUGAUCAUGAUGAUUUCGCAAUGCAAGAUAAACCACAAAGUGAACAAAGAGAUGAUGCAGUUGAUGUGACUGAUGAUUUAAUUAUUAAAAUUAUUGGAUUAUCGGGAUUCAUUGCCCCCAGUGUCAAUUCAACUCAAUUUGAGCAGUUGAGACGUGCUUUCAAGUUGCAAAAGACAUUUAUUGAACACUUAUACGAUGAAGCUGAAGCUGAAGCUGAUGCUGUUGGACCUAGAAAUGGAGUAUCAGCUUCUACUGGAUCUGGAAACGAUGUUCAGUUUCGAUUAGUUGCUAGUGAUCAUCUCCCGAUAAACCCAACCACUUUGACUCAGUUAUUAAAGAGCAUAAAUGAGUUGAGCAGCCAGGUUGAUUCCGAAAAGGGGGAGUAUGGGUUUGAUUUGAGAACACUCAGGAGAAAUGUAUAG